CGAGAAUUGAAUCCAGAAACGCAUCUCCGUGGAAUUAAAUAAUUAAAGCUCUUAGUACUAAAUGCGCUCGCCAAAUCAUGUUGGUGAUAAAGCCAGUGAUCAUUGAUGUGUUUGUUUUUGGAAUUUUGUCUCUUGCAGAGUUUACUCUAGCAUUUGACUCAACUGCUAUAGAAUCCUUGUCCAAGAAGAGCUUAGAACGCAUUGCCAGGACAGCAGACAACGAAAUAAUUAGUAAUGAACUAAUUGAAAAUACUCUUAAACAUAUAAACAUUACAAAAUCACUUCGAAAAGGUAACAGGCGAACUGGUAGGAAGCGAGCUGGAAGUGCGCGUCCAUUAAAAAGAAGAGCAAGAAGGAGAAGGAUAGGAAACAAUUUAAACCGACAUAACAAUCGUAAUGCGUCCGAAUCGAAUACUCUCAAUAGAAGACCGGUCUUACGAAGAAGAAAAUUUAGAAAACGACGUAGGAAACAAAAAGUACCGGCACGAUUGGCAGAAGUAACUACGACGAAAGGGAUUAUUAUCUCCACAAAGACUGAUUCAAACGAUACUCUUAAUAAACUUAUCGAGAAACUAAACAAGAAUCCAGAGGACAAUUUUGACGAAUUCAAGUAUAAACAAAAAACUGAGAAAUUAGUUUUGGCCUCACAAAGUACGUUUUUUGACCCCCUAGCUAAUAUAACUGAUUUAGUUACAUCAAAUAAUGAAUCCAAGUUUACGACAACUGCCAAACACAAUUUUGAAAAGAAGUUCAGCCGUUGCCGAAAGAAUAGAGGUGGAUGUGCACAUAUCUGUAAUCCAAAGGGGAUUGUGAAAUGCUCAUGUUUGGAAGGUUUUUAUUUAGGUUCAGAUCAAAAAUCUUGUUAUGAUAUAGAUGAGUGUAAAACCAAUAACGGAGGUUGCGAAAAAGAGUGCGUAAAUCAAAUAGGAUCAUAUUCUUGUAAAUGUCCAACUGGAUUCACCACUGCCGAUGACAGAAAAUCCUGCCAGGAUAUCAACGAGUGCUUACUAAGAAAUGGACACGGGCCAUGCCAAGAUACUUGCCGCAAUACUUUUGGGUCAUACAAUUGUAGCUGUGCAGGUCUUAAAGGAACCAAAUUAAGUACUGAUGGCCACUCUUGCGAAGAUGUAGACGAGUGCAAAACUAAUAAUGGUGGUUGUUCCCAUAACUGCAUUAAUGCUCUUGGUCGCUCAUUUUGUAGUUGUCCCGAUGGCAUGGAGUUAUCCUCAGAUUGGAAAACAUGUCAAGAUAUAAAUGAAUGUGAAACAGAAGAAAUGUUACAAACCUGCAAAACCUGCAUUAACACUCAAGGCUCCUAUAUGUGCCUCGACAUGACAGAUAUGCAAAGCGAUCAGUCUACGAACAAUGUAGUAUGCAAACCUCUUUUUCCACCAACUAGAGGUUUCAUUAGAUGUACAAGAAAAGGAGCUUUCCAAUCGUUUACCAAAAAAGGUCGUAGAAGAAUUAUUAAUAGUCCUGGCACUGCUUGUGAACUUGUAUGUCCUUAUGGAUAUAAAUUAACAGGAGAUUAUAAUUUUGUGUGCGGAAUAAAUGGGGAAUGGCAAGGAAAACAAAAUGGAAAGUGUAUAGAAGCUCCACCACCCGUACUAACCUGUCCAACUUCACAAAAUUUAGUGACCGAAAACGGCACGGAUACGGUUCAUAUACGGUUCUCAUCGCCAAUUACAGACGUCAAUUGGAAAUAUGUGACAAGUUUUCCGAGCUGGGCCAAAAAUUUAGAAGGGACGCUAACAAAAGGCAAACAUGAUAUUAGAUUUACUGUCAAAGAUCCUGCUACGAGACUGUUUUCAUCAUGUUACUUUAUUAUAAAUGUAGACUAGGAUUAGAAUAAUUAUAUAAUCUUUGUAUUAAG